GCGAGCAGAGAGUCAGCGUCAGAGACCAGGUGAGUGAAACCAUGAGCGCCAGCCUGCCCGCUAGGACUUACCGACGGCUCCGCGCUCGGGAUGUGCCAAACUAUUGUACCAGCCGUCAAAGCGAGGCACCUCCCAGCUUAAUUCGCCUUGAGAAUCUGCAGCCAGUGCAAACUAAAAUGAACCAGCUGCCUGUAAUUUAUAGGUUAGAGAUUAAAACGCCGCUGCAGCACACUCACUGAGAAUGAACAUCAAGCCAGCCACUGUGCACACUCUCCAAACCCAUUUACGCAAAUCCAUUGAUGCGAGAGGCGCUUCUUGCCUCAGUAUGAAGCCAAGAGGAAAGGAGGACUUCUGAAAGGUGAAGAUUACGUGCAGUCUCGGCUGGAUCCUUAGAUCAGAAGCUAAGAUGACUUUCUACAACGACAUUUACCCAUUCUACCCGCUACAAAGGACUGCCUUCAUUGUCAGCGGCCGAUUGCUCACCAUUAUUCUGGUCUUCCUCAUGCUGGCAGUCGGUCUUCUUCUCAUCCUGCCAGGAAUACGAGGAAAGAUGCGGUUCUUCUGGAUGUUCAGGAUAAUCAUCAGCUUGUUUAUAGGUGUGGUUAUAGUGGCUUUGAACUUCACUAACAGCUGGGCCGAGGCGAGGAUGACCACAAACGCUACCUACAAGUCCUUCAGUAAUGCUGUCAUUCAGGCUGAGGUUGGCCUGCAUGUUGGGCUGUACGGCAUUAACGUGACACUUAGAGGCAAUCCCAUUGUACAGUUUAAUGAAACCAUUAACUACAAUGAGAUGUUCAGCUGGCAUGACAUUGUUGAAGAAGAGUAUGAGCAAGCUCUGGUGAAAGGUUUACCCAACCCCAUCCUCUACAUUGUUGAGAAAUUCACCCUGGGCAGCCCCUGUGGCAUGAUCUUUCAAUACAGACAGUCCGGGCGAUUCGCCUCUGCAACCCUCUGGACAGCAUUUUGCUGCUGGAUGCUUGCCAACAUCCUUUUCUCCUUGCCAGUUGUUCUCUACGCCGGGUACAUGACCAUGGCCACCGCUGCCUUCAUCUUCUUCUCCAUGGCCUCCUUCUCCACCAUCAUGAAUGUGCCUCGGUGUGUUUUCUCCAUAGGUGAAGACUCCUUUGUUACAGAGUACAGCCAUUCAUUUUGGCUGGCUCUGGCUACAGGACUGCUGUGCACCAUUGUCGGGAUUUUCGUGGUGAUGCUGAACUUUCUGAUGCCAGAGAAGAUAAAAGCGGCAUUCAGCGCUGGUUUCGACAGCUGUGAGGUCAAGGAUAAGUCUUGUCGAGAGGGCUACCUGAACUCUGUUUUCCUUAAUGGAGAUAUUAAUUUACCAGUGACACCUAAAGUUACACCAGAGUGUCUAUAAAGCCAUCCAGCAAUCUCUCGUGAUUCAUACUUGAAUAAUAUUUGGUUGAAUGUGUUACAAAGGAACUUUUCCAAGUUCAAACCAUUGUAAUUAUCUGUGUGAGGCUGUUUUAUGUGUGAAAGUGUAAAUAGGUGUUUAAAUUUGUAAAGUCUAUUUUCUAGGGGGCAAACUACAACUAAAAGAUGUUUUUUAAGCCAUCCUUAUAAUGUACAUGUGUCUUAGGUACAGUAAUCUAUGUGGAUGAUGCAAAUAGUCUUUACACAACUCCUUUCCGAUUAAUCUGAAAAAUAUUUCAGAAUUUAUUGCAAAAGCCUUCAGACCAUAGUGCACAUGUUUGUCGGUUUAGUUUAUAGCAAGUAUGACAGAAACUUGACUGCAUGUGAGUAUGAUGUACCUUGAUCAUUGUAAUCCAGGCUGUUGUAUUUAUUUCUGCCUUGUAUUUGACGUUUUCAGUGUAUUUUCUACAGCAAAGUUUUAAAUUAAAACAAACAUGACUUUAAGAGAGAAA